GGCAAGUCAAGCGGCAGCGCCAGUGCCGGGGCGAGCGCGCUCGGCGAGGCAGGCAGGAGGCCGGAGCCGUCGAACGCGCCGGGGGUCUGGCUGACUGGCGAGGCGCAGCCAUGCAGCGGUCCGCGUGGGACGAGGAGAGCGAGCUGCGGGAGCUGAACGGCCGCCUGGGCGACUACGUGCGGCGGGUGCGGGCGCUGGAGGGGGAGAACCGGCGCCUGGCGCAGGAGCUGGCGGCGCUGCGCGGGCAGGAGCGCCGCGCCGGCCGGCUGGAGGAGGACGAGGAGGAGGUGGCCGAGCUGCGGCUGGCGCGGCCCGCCCUGCCGCCGCCGCCGCCACUCGCCCGCCCGGGGCGCCGGAGCCGCCGGGCGCUGGAAGAGGAGGAGGCGGCGGCGAGCUGCGCGCUGGUGCUGAGCUGGAGCUGCGAGCACAGCCUGGAGCGCUACGAGGCCGAGCUGCGGGCGCUGCAGGAGCUCGAGGGCCGCCUGGGCAGGGAGGAGGCCGACCAGCUGCGCGCCCGGAACCUGCAGAGCCGGCGCCAAGUCGAGGAGCUCCAGCGCCGCGGCGCCGAACUGGCCGCGCUGGCCGAGCGCCUGGAGCAGGAGCGGCGGGCGCAGGGCGAGCGCCACGGCGCAGAGCUCGCCGAAUACCAGAUGGUCGUUGAAGCCCUGGAAGAAGAAAAGCAGUUCCUAACCGUGUCUAUCGCAGAGUACUUAAAGGACUACCAUGAACUCCUGCAGGUGAAAGCAGGCCUUAGCCUUGAAAUUGCAACUUACAGAGCUUUGUUAGAAGGCGAGAGCAGCCAGUGGAUUCUUAUGUGGGAAGAAGAACACGGAAGGGAAGUGCCCCAAGGUGUCCGAAACAUGCUUCACGAAUAUAGCAACCGCUACGCAGCUUAUCGACAAGAGAAAGGAAAGAGAGCUUUCCCGGCAAUCCGAAAUGUUGACACAAGAUAUAAAACCCCGAUCGCAAACAUGAGCAGCUCUGCAGUUUAUUCAUCUCAAACAAAACCGGGCAGAAUUCAGACAGCUGCUCCUGGGAAAACGUUCAGGAAAGAUGCCGUCUGGUUGGGAUCUCGUCCUUCGGCAGCUAUUAGAAAGGAGGCAACUCAUCGGAGAGCUAUGACAGACCGGAGGCAGAUCCGAACUUUUACUCCUUCUUCUGUUAUGAGCAGAGAGAGUGAAGUUUGGCGAAGAACCUUGCCUGAAACAAAGAAAGCGGACACUGUGAUCACAGCAUCUUUUUCAAAAAAAUCAGCAGACGUCAAAAAAGACACAGCAGUCCCCAGUACUUUUGAGGACGUGAGGCCCAGAGGAGUGGGGGUCUCUACUACAUCUCACAGUCUACACUCCAUUUCUAAAGAAACCAAACAUGAGGGAAUCCAAGAAGGAACUGAUGCUCAACCGAAUAAACAAAUCAGGGAAGUUAAGCCAACGAAAGAAGAGAAGCCUUCUUGGUUACAAGAAAGAGAUGAACAGGAAAGAUCAGGCAGGGAGGCAACUGAUUCUGUCCGGGCAAAGAUGGAAAAGAAACUCACUGGAGUUGAAACAACGGUUAACUUUCAAAAGAAGGUGGAAAUUAAGCACGGGACAGAGGAGGGAAAACACACAAGGAAAGAAUCGAGCAUCAGUGAUAGCUUAAAGGAAGCCAGAGUUGCAGAAGAUGAAACUCCCAAGAAUGGAAAAUAUGUAAAAUGGGAAGAACGCAUUAGGAUCGAUACAUCAGGAAAAGAUUUGCCAUCCAGUAUCAUGAUGGAUAAAAGUAGCUUGUUCCAACAGGACAGAAAUGUGACAACACAAAGCAGCGAUGCUGUUGAGAUACCUAUCUUUUCUGAAGGGCACAACCAAGGCCGGCUGUUUAAAAACGACAGUACAGAAAUAAAAUUACAAGACCUGAAACCUGCGAUAGGUAAACCAAAAGAUGAAGCCAUAUCUGAGUUCUUAAAAAAUAUUCCAGAGAGGGAGUCGAACCAAGACAGAAUACAUGAAGAAAGAAGCCCUAAAAUGGAUACCGCACUGACAGAAAGCAUAGCAGAAAACAUUGUUUCUGACAUUCUUAAAGGUUUUGUGCAGAAAUCUUCUGAUUCGGGGCUUCCCGCUGAUACCAAAUUCACUUUCUCUGAAAAGAAAGCGGCUGAGGAUGGGAAAGCGAGGACCGAGGUCACCGUACGGACUGCAGUUCAACAAGACCUGAACAGUUCGGAUGAGUUUGAUCUGGGACGUUUCUUAAAUAAAGAUGCUGAAGGGGCGGGAGAUGCCAAGGGUGCUCUAUCUGAAGCUGUAUUAGAAGAUAUCGUCAAUGCUAGCUUGACAGGAAGGGAGGGUCAAGGGAAAAGGACCGUUAAAGUCGAGAUCGUUGAGGAGCCACUAGAAUCCGCUGCUGACGAAAGAGCAGAACUCCCGACACCCUUUGAAGUGGAAGAAGCAGAAGAUACGUGGCCCUAUACGGCAGAACAUCUGUAUUAUGGGGGUGAAGGGAAGGCUUCCACAAGUGCUGCUGAGGAUCUGAAACACCAGCGGCCCAGUGUGGUUGUGUCUCAUGUAGAAGAAGUCUAUGAGGGGGAUGAUGUUGUGGACGAAGAGAAAUAUUUUGUCUCGACUCCAGAAGAACACCCCUUGACUCAUGAGAAAGACGACAGCUCCUUAUAUGGGCAAAUCCAUAUCGAAGAGGAAUCCACUAUUAAGUAUUCGUGGCAAGAUGAAUUUCUUCAGGGAGCUCAGAAAAGGGUAAAUGAAGGCAUGGGCUCGCCAGAACGUGCUUACCAAGUGAUGGGGGAAGAAGGAAAUGCCUUUGCUUCAAAGGAUGAGCCACAAGCUGAGCAGGUAGCACACGUCGAAUCCGUUGUUAUUGAGAGAGAGAUUAAAAUACCACACGAGUUUCAGGCAUCGAUAAAGAGUCUGUUUUCUGAGGGGUCAAAAGACCCUAAGCACCAGCUGAAAGAAGCGUUGGAAACGCUUGAAGACAGCCUCCCAGAAAGUGUCAAACAUGAGCUCUCAGUGCUAACCAAAGAGGGCCAAGCUGAUUCGAGCAGUUUGGAAGUCGAUAUUAAAAAAGUGGAGCAGACCAAGAAAGGGGGCUUGGUUACCAUAGUUGCAGAAGUCAGUCUGUCCGAGACGCUAGACUCUGACCAGUUUAACACAGGGUAUCUCGGUGAAGGCAUCGCUGUCGAGAGAGAGUCACCAACACGGGUCUCAGCUACAUAUAACUUUGAUGAACGCAGAAAGCAGGAGUCAGAAAGCUACAGUGAUGGUAGAAGUAAAGCUGGAAUAAUAGAAGCUUCUUCCACACCAUGGACUACUGAAGCAGUUUCUAGCUCGACUAAAUUAAGCAGCAGCGAUGGCAUGAAAUACCGUGCUAGUGAACAAAUGGUUAGCGAGGGCCCGGUUUUCAAAAGUUCGGGACUUGACGACAAUAGCGAUCUCUCCUGCAUGCAAGGGUCGUUCGAUAUCAACAGAUCUGUACGGCAAAUUGUAGUCGGCCCAACAGAAAUUCGCAGAACUGAGCAAGUCCUGCGUGAAGGUCCCGUUUCAGAAACUCUGGAGUUUGGUACAGGUGGCUUUGAGGCAGGAGCAACAGCAAGCGUCAGCCAAUCCGUGCAAGGAUUCACACAUGGUCCUGAAGAAAUUCAGACAACAGAAGAAAUAACGUACAGAUGGCCUGUUCGUGGGACAGUGGAAUCGAUUGGUCCUGAAAGCCCUACUCGGGCACAGUUUUCUACUGAUAGCAGGUCCAGUAAGCACAUCAUGUUGGGUUCAAAGCAAAUUGUUGAAGAAAUCAUUUUUGAGAAGCCAGCUUCUGACUUGUCACCAGAUGAUAAUAGCGGGACAGCAGAAACCAGCAGAUCAAUCAGGCACAUCCGAAUAGAUCCAAAAGAGGCACGUACUCAGCAAGUUGUUUAUGAAGGUCCUUUUUCUGGAGUUGUGGAGCACACCAGUGCUGGCAACAGUAUUUCAGCUGAUGAAAUGGUGAGGCACAUUAAGGUUGUACAGAAAGAACCCCCCGUCACUGACCAAGCCAUCCAUGAAGUAUCUUCUCCGAAGAUGACUGAACCGAGUCAUGGUCCAGACUGGCUUUUCAAAGGAGGAGCACUGGGUACUAAUACAACCGUCAGACACAUUAAGUUAGCGCCCAAGGAAUCGUUGACAAUGGAGCAAAUUGUUUUCAGAGGGCCCAUUUCUGAACAACACUUGGAGUUCAGUGAAUCUGGACAAACAUUCUCUUCUGAAGGGUCGGUAAGGCACGUUACAUUGGGGCAGAAGGAAGUUUGGGGCAGCGAACAUGUUUCGUACCAAGGGUCUGUUUCUGAAUCUUCUGGUAUCAGUUCUGCUGGGGAAGAUGCUUUAGAAAUGGAAGGGCCCAGCGAGAUCAGUCGCUCGGUCAGACACAUCAGACUGGGCCCUGCUGAAACUCACACAGAACAGAUCGUAUUCCAAGGCCCUAUUUCUGAUAAAACGCCAAAGGUUGGUGUUGUGGCGCUUUCUCCAACAGAUGGGCCACCAGAAAGCCACUCUCUUGGCCACAUAAAGAUAAGACCUCAGGAAACAUCCCUUACUUUUCAGAUGGAUAUCACUAAUGUAGCAGGAGGUGGGCAAGGAGCGAAAAUUCUGUUACAGGAUGCCAAAGGCGCCCAUCCAGCAGAGGACACAGCUAAAGGGAGUGAGAGCGACGCCGAAAGUGAGCAAAGAUCAGAGAAGUCUGCAUUCGAUCAAACUGUUCAGCUGCAGAGAAUGGUAGACCACAGAUCCGUGGUUUCUGAUGAGAAGAAAAUUGCUCUUCUCUAUCUGAAUGAAAAUGAAAAAGAGGAGGAGGAGGAGGAGGAUGGACCUUGGUUCUAAAAAUAAGAUUUUUAUGAAAUGUUUACUUAGGGUGCUUGAUUAUAUAGCUGAAUUUUUAAAAAUGGGACUCCUUCCUAAUGUAUCAAUUAAUGCUGAAAGGUUUGGAAUAUAUUUUGUUACACAACAGUGUACUAAUAUAUUUUUGCAGGGUCCCUCAAAUGCUUGCUUUUCGAGCUAUGGCAUCGAUUAUCUUUGGCUAACGCAGAGUCUGAAAACCUGUCCUUAAAAAAAAGUUGCUCCCGUUUCUCAGAUUGCAUUUAACUACACCUUUAAAAAAAAAAUUCAGUUGCAUUUCCGGUUUAAAAUAGCAAGUUGAAGAAACCAGGGAUGACACUAGAGUCAUGGUUCAAAAUCCAUUCAUUCCACACUAAUCCAUUUUUAAGUCCAUUGGGAUAGAUUUGGAAUGAAAGAGUUAGGAGUUAACAGCUCAAACUGUGCAGACUGGCUGAUUGGUUUUCAGAGGGAACAGGUGAACACUCCACUUAGGGAUAACUUCAUAUGAUAACAAAUCAUACAUGAAAAGCAGCCUUGUCCUGGAAGCGUGGUUUGUUCUGUUUGGGGCUCUCCAGGGUCUCGGGUAGAGGGUUUUUUCACAUUACCUUUUUUACAACCUGAUCCUUUUAACUGGGGGGGGGGCACCUUAUUUCUAACAUGCGUGCACUCAUUUUGUAGCUUCUUCACCAGUAUGGAGAUGGUAGUGAACAUAUUGUAGUUAUAAUAAUAAUACCACUUUGAUUAGGAUAUAGGGUCACCACCUUUAUACUAGCAUUGCUGUUGCAUUCUUAGCCACAGCCUGAAGGGGGGAAAAUUAGCAUCAGCGGAGAAGCCUGACCUACUCAUCUCCAUUUCUGCCAUCUGGUAAAUUUGGAUGUCACGUUGCUGCUGAAGUCAUGGGAGCAGGACACUUCGAAGUGUAUCUCACCAAGCAGUGUUUCUGCACAGUUUUCCAAUCACUGCCAUGAGGCUGUGGUAUAGCACCAUUUAGCAGGUCCACCAUGAAUCACAUGUAAGAGCAUUUCACAUCCAGCUCCCACAAGGCAUGCAGUUUCAGUAAGGGGUGUCAGAGUAUUUUUUUUUUAGUACACGCAAUUAAACCUAAGGGGGCGCUGGCCAGCAAAUACAAGCAAUUAGACAAGGUGCACUUUGGGAGUGUGGAUUAUUUUAUUUGUAUUUCUAACCACACUGAUUUGCAGUAAGUAUUGAGAUGCGUUUACAAAAUGUAAGCUUGCUUUUAUCAUUUGUGGCAGUGGGGGAGAAAAGAAAAAUCCAAACACAAGAUUGCAGUUUGGGGUAUAAACUUAAGGAGAGCUCUAUUGAGCCAGACCGAGGUUCUGUAUAGUUCAGUCUCGAUUUCCAGGAAUCCUCUGGAAUACAUUCAGAGCAACAGGGCCAUUCUUCCUUCUUGGUCUCCAGAGUCUAGCAUUCAGAGCUAUCAUGGCUGGUUGGUUUGUCUUCCAUGAGUAUUCCGCCCCAUUUCAGAUACAUCUAAGAGUUCUCGGGAAAUAGAGAUGCGUUUGACGUGCCGAGGAAGCAGGCCAUGCAUAUGACCAUCUGAAAGUGCCUUACCAGUGUGCCAUAAUGGUUAGAGUGUCAAACUAGAAUCUGGAAGCCCCAGGUUUGCAUCCCUACUGCCAUGGAAGC